AUGUUGCUGAGGCAGCAGAUUGUGAGUUACAACUGGGCUGUGGAUUAUGCAAAGCUGUCCAUCACUGCUGCUCUCCACAGGGAAAGACAAAUGAGUGUCAGAUUUCAUCCAGUGAGAGAAGAUGAGGAUGAGGAUGCUGAUGCUGAUGUCAGUAGCCCUCCCAAUGUGGAAGACAACAGAGAGCAUCCUGUCAUCACCAAGGUCAGCUUGAUGUUGAAUCCUGUGCCUGGCAUUGAAAAACAUGUCUCCAACUCUUCCCUACUUGAAUCAGCAAAGGAACGGAAAUCUUCUUCUCUUCAGCAAAACCCCAAACUAAUGGAAGACCCACGUACCCUUCUCCUGUUGCUGCAUCAGAGGGAUCUAGAAAUCAAAGGCUUGAAACGUGCUGGUCAGAAAGAGCAAUUUAAUCAUCUGAGCCGGAUUUUGGAUGAGCUUCUGAGGUCAAAGGAGAAAGGUCCACCAAAGAAAAGCCCAGUUGAAAUUGCCCUUCAAAAAGAAGUUGAUCAACUGAACAAUGAACUGAAAGUUGCCAAGUAUGACCACAAGAAGGAGAUGGAAGACCUGGAAAAUCAACUCAUAAAAUCAAGACUGCAUGUUCUGCAUUUGGAGAAGACACUGAGGAAUCUGUCAGCCAAGUCAGACUCUACAGUGGUACUGGGAGAAUUAGCAAGUGAGGUCUUUGAGCUCUGGUCAGAGAAAGGAAGCAGGAUAACAUCAGAUACCAGCGAUCUAAGGCUUCGGAGAAUACCAAAGCACACCAGUUUUGUUGAUGCUUAUCAUAAGUUUGGAAAUGUCGUUCUGUCAGAUGAGGACAAAAAGGAAAUCAUCACUAGAUUGGAGGCAUUUGCUCAAAAAGCACAGACUAGUAGCACCACCGAUGAAAGUUCACCGGAAAGCUCAAGAACGGGUAGUCAAUUGCCUUCUGAACAAUCCUCAAUGGCUAUAAUGAGCUCUCAGAAAUCAGACCUCACUUCCUCUGUGACUGAAACCAAGACAACAGAGUCUUCUUUGGAAACGGAGAAACCCCAACAAGAAAAAGCUUUGGAUCAAUGGAACCUUGCUCAGGCUGGUCUUACUAUUGGACGACUGUCAGAUGGAGAAAAAAUGGUGCCUUCCAUAGAAAGAAAGAAAAGUUCUUCUAUCAAAGGAGGCGCUGUAAAGAUUGUCAAUGUCCACCGUAGAGGCAAAUUUGUCAGAAUCCUCAACUCCUCAAUGAACAAGGAGAUGGACCUCAGUGGCUACCGCCUCCAGCAGUGGGUUGGAGGGCACCCGGUUUCCAUCUACCGUUUCCCAAGUGGUACGAUUCUGCCUGCGCAGCACCAUAUUACUAUUUGGUCUGCUGCAGCCAGCCUUGCUCACCAGCAGCCUCUGGAUGAGUUGUCUGGACCACGUUUUUUCAAGGCAGGUCCCGGGUGCCUUACCGUCCUCUAUGAUCACAGCGGUCAGAUGAUCUCGCAACAUGCAAACUCUCACCAAUUCACAACUGCUGCAGAGGCCUACAGUGAUAACUUGGACCUUUCACUGGACAAAUUCCCACUUGACAGUGAUGAUGACGGCGAUGAUGAAGAUACAUACAAUGAGUCCAUUAUGCCUUCACGAGACCUCCUCUUCUUUCAGCAAAACCAGUGCAAGCAUGCAGGAUCAGACACCAUGCUCAAGAGAAGGUACACAAGACACUUUUCUAUUGAUUCUUCGGCAACUAGCAAAACUCCAUCUGGUCGUUCCACAGCGACCAAAGCAAAAUUCAGAGAAUUAAAUAAAGAUGGUUCCACCUCCUUUGUGUUUUCCUCAAAAGCCCCAUCAGCCUCAGUCAGUGACAGCUCUUCUUCAUCCAGCGAGGGAGAUUAUUUUGCUUUUCGCUCAUGGAAACCUCUACUUCAGGAACCAGAAACAAGAGAGUUCAAGACUACACUGGACACUACACUUCCCAUGGUUUCUCUUCUAGGACAGAAAAGCGCUCGCUCAAGAUAUGGGUUCAAGUACAUGACUUAUAUGCCUACCAUUACUGAUUUGCACCUAAGGAGGUAUUAUCCAACUAAAUAACAUUUUGACGUAGCACCAAAGGAGACUUGCCUAGCUUCUUUAAAUACACAAUACACUCCCACAAUUCAUUUGGCAAGAACCUGUACUUGUAUGCCUUGAAAUCCAAUUCAAAUAUGGCUCUUAAGAUCAAGUGGAUGGUUUUGGAAGGUGGAAGGACCACCACAUUUGGAGUGACUUCAGUGGACAAAAGGGACAGGGUUAAGUGGAGGAUGCUAACAUCAUGUGAACAUGUUUCCAGAUGACAUGUUGGACAUUGUUAACCAAUAUUAUAGAAUUGUGAACUAGGCACACCUUUAUGCAUGGAAUUGCCACAGUGGCUCAGAAAAAAAAUAAGUGGGGCUCUGGUUCUGCAUUUUUCUCUUAGGCCUUACUCCCCAUCAGCCUCUCUCCUACAGCGUUUUCUCCCCAACUGGACUCACUUUCUACAUCAGAGAAAUUGAAACCCAUCUGAAACUCCCAUCUACUUGCUGGGUGGGUAACUAUCGAUGUCAUUUUUUCCUUUGCUUUCACAUUCCUCACCCUCCUGACAUGAGAAGUGAUAUAACUUCCAAUUUUAUUUUUCAUUUUUCGUUUCGGGGGAUUGGAGGCAGGAAUGUUGUAGAGCAGUGGUUCUCAACCUGUGGGUCCCCAGAUGUUUUGGCCUUCAACUCCCAGAAAUCCUAACAGCUGGUAAACUGGCUGGGAUUUCUGGGAGUUGUAGGCGAACAUCUGGGGACCCACAGGCUGAGAACCACUGUUGUAGAGGCAAAAAUUCCCCAUUUGUUGGUGGUUUUUUAGCUGUUUUUGGCCAUUUUGAGUCACCUAAU